CCGGCCGCGGGGCCGCCGGGAGCCCGGAGCCGCGGGCCCGGAACCGCCAUGGCCUGCACCGGCAGUGGGCCCUCGCUGGAAACCAUCCAGGCGGAUGGGACGGACGGGAACUGCGUCACAUUCGUGCUGCACGACGAGGAUCACACCCUGGGCAACUCCCUGCGCUACAUGGUCAUGAAGAACCCUGACGUGGAGUUCUGUGGCUACUGCAUCACACACCCCUCGGAAAGCAAGAUCAACUUCAGGAUCCAGACCAGAGGCAGUGCAGUGCUGAGCCCCUUUGCUGAGCCUCAGAGGCUGCUCCCAGAAUUCUGCUCCAGCUGCAGUAGGAAUGCAGCAUCCCUGGGGAGGGGCCCUUCCUGCUGUGGAGCCAUUCCGGAAAGGGCUGAAUGACCUGAUGGGUGUAUGCCAACAUGUGCUCAACACCUUUGAGAGGAGCAUGAAGGAGUUCAGGGCACAGAAGGAGGAGGAGAUGCAGUAGCCUUUGGGAAUGGCAUGGAUGUGUAACCUCUGUGUGUUGAAUUCCCAGUGUCCAAACGAGGUCAUUUUUGUUGUUGGUUUUUUUUUAUGACUUUGCUGCAACAUGUAUUUUCUUUAAUAAUAAAAUUUAUUAAUUUA